CGUGAUUCUGGUUGAGUUUUUUAUCAAGUACUAGAGUGAGAGCUAGAAGGAGUAACAAGAUAAGGUGUGACUGGCCUUUCAGAAAUCCGGAACAGCACUAGGAAGACACAGCGAAGUAAGUAUAUCUUUCAGUAGUUGAUGCAUGUAGUUGUGUUUCUGCUUUCAAAAGUAAUAAAGUAAACGAGUUGCACGCGUGCCCAUUAUCGGCCGUUUGUUAAGCUUAAGUAGUACCCAAAAAAUACGAGUUUUUGAAUGUCCUCCCUUUCAUAUUAAUCCCAUAAUUCAUGAAACAACCUCGAGAAUGGACUGCCCCCCUGUAAAUCCUGGAGAUAAAUCCUCCUCCUCUUCUUCCGCGCGCCCUGUGCAUCAAAGCGGCCCUCGCUCACCGGCCGGGAACAUGUUGAAAAUUCCGUCCCAAGAAUCUCGUGAAGACAAAAACCAACUCGGAUCUUCACCCCUACCACCGGUCCCGAACGAUGGAGGACAGCAGGUCGCUGAAGACCUUGACCACGUCCCUGACCAACAGGACGUCGAGGACCACCUCCAAGCUGGUCUAUCAAGCAAUGCUGAUCAAGAACAUGCGAAUAAUUUUGGAAGUUCGACCGUCGGCCUGCUCAUGGAGUACGUUCAGGGAGCUGGUGCUGCGGAAGAUCCAAACGCGGACGACGCGGACGCUUCCCACGCCCAAACCCCGUUCGUGAGCACCCAGCAACUGGAAAAGCAGCAUGAGAAAGACAAGCGGGCGCUGGAGAGACUGGAGAAAAUUAAGGAGCAAUUGGAGAAAAGAACGGAGAAAGACAAGAAAAAACUGGAGGGCUACAACUUCUCAUUCCGGCCGCUACUCUGUUGCUGUUGGAAGUCUUUCCAUCCGUGGAAUAAAGAAAGGAGCUAUGAUGAGGUAACGUCUACGAGUUUGGCGCGCUUACAUGCUUUGGCGAUCUGCUAGAAAGCAUGCGCUUAAGAUUUUAGGCACAGGUGUAUCAAGAUGAGAGACGGAGUACUUAAGUAUACGAGAUCCUGUCUUUCUACGUAGCCGCUUCAUGAUGUACAACUUCGCGGAAGAUGAUCUAGCACUGCGCUCGCCCACUUGUUUGCUGUUUGCUGCUUGCCGUUGAACCGUUGCAGGCGAGCCUGCUUUCUCACGAAGUCAAACCACGUAGAAAAUAAGCAUAUUGCAGUCCGUGAUGGAAAGGUAGCAGUCUGGUUAAGUUUUUUAUCACUUGCUACAGUGAGAGCUAGAAGGACUGACAAGACACGGACUUGAUUG